GAUAACAACAACAACGCAGACAACCCAGAACUCAACCACACAAUCCCCUUCUUCACCCAACACAAUCCCUGGCUCAUGUUCUCAACCCUCAAUGCUCUGCUGUCCUGGACAAAAUAAUGGCUGCUAUCGCGGGUGUUUUUGUGAUGUGGCUUGUCUCACAUUGCGGGACUGCUGCAGUGACUACAUUCAGACAUGCACUGCAAUUAAUGGCACAUUUGCUCCUGUAUCAACAACUUCACAUCCAUAUUCACCACCAACACCACCAUCACCAAUGAUGACCUCUCAUUCAGGACUCACACCUGAAACACAAACAACAGAAGUUGAUCCCUGCUCCAACUACAAUGUGUUGGAUGAUCUCUGGAGAUCCACAAGUAAUCAGAAUCUAUCUCAGAUAAUGUGUGACAUGUAUGUGAAUUGGGCGGGUUGGUAUCGUCUCAUCAUUCAUAAUGAGAGUGUUCAGAUGCCAGACACAUGUGUCCCAGAGAACCGAUGUGGUACUAAUGCACCACUGUGGUUAAAUGGUGGACAUCCAACGGUUGAAGAUGGAGUGGUCACACGAGACGUCUGUGGUCACUGGAGUGGUGACUGCUGUUAUAUCCACUCCAAUCCCAUUAGAGUCAAAGCCUGUCCAGACAAUUAUUAUGUCUAUGAGUUUGUGAGUCCUAUAUCCUGCUAUUUGGCAUACUGUGCAGAUGUUACAAACAUUAGCACGACUCCAACCUCACUCACAAAACCUACAACUGUACCUACAACUCUCAGCUAUGACCCAUGCUAUCAGUAUAACACUAUUGAUGACUAUUGGAGAGACAUGCGGCUAAACUCAUACCAGAAACAUAAACAUGAUGACUCUACUGUUGAUUGGAAUGGCUGGUAUCGACUGUAUUUGAAUGGAGAAAGUGCUCAGAUGUCUGAAUGGUGUGUGACUAAUAUGGGAUGUGGUGGUGAAAUUGGACUGUAUCUCAGCGGUUCUCAUCCACGACUUGAGGAUGGAGUCGUGACUCGUGAGGUUUUGGGAAGCAAUAUAUGGUGGUGGUACUCUGGCCAUUGUGCUCAGCACAGAUCCAACCCCAUUCAAGUCAAAGCCUGUCCAGGAGAUUAUUAUGUCUAUAAACUCAUCACACCAGAUGUGUCACUGUUAAUGCCUUCAUAUUGUGCAGUUGCUUUCAGCAGCACCAUCAAUGAUCCCUGUUACAACUAUGAGUCUCUGGAUCGUCCCUGGAGAGCAUCAACUGAAAGCGGAUUUGGGAUUUGUGAUGAAUCUUUCUCCUGGAAUGGCUGGUACAGACUUUAUCAUUAUGGGAUGAACAUCCAAAUGGCAGAGAGCUGUGUACAUGGAUACAGAUGUAACGCAUACUUGAGUCUGUGGCUCAAUGGUCCUCAUCCUGAGAUAGAAGAUGGGGUGGUGAUCCGUGAGGUCUGUUUGUCAACUUAUUGGGAUAGCUGCUGUGAUAUGAUGUCAGAACCCAUCAGAGUAAAAGCCUGUCCAGGAGAUUACUAUGUCUAUGAACUUGUGAAACCAGUAAGCUGGUGCUCAGGAUACUGCACAGACAUCAGCACUGCAUCACAGACCAAUUUCACAACUCCAACUGUGAUUCCUGGAUUCAGCAGCACAUUAAGUGAUCCAUGCUCAAACUACAACAUACUGGAUGAUUACUGGAGAAACACACAGGAUUCCUGGUAUAUGUAUGGAUAUAUAACUGGACAUGAUGACACUCGUGUAAAAUGGGAUGGCUGGUAUCGACUCUUCAUCAAUGGAUUGAGUGCUCAGAUACCUGACUGGUGCGCUCCUUAUAUGAAAUGUGGAGGUUUCAGUUCUCUGUGGCUUGCUGGUUAUCAUCCUGGAGUAGAAGAUGGAGUUGUUACUCGUGAAGUCUACGGCUCUUAUUAUGAUCAGUGCAGUCAUUACACAUCAAACCCAAUCCAAGUCAAAGCUUGUCCUGGAGAUUAUUAUGUCUACAAACUCACCAGACCAAAUGUAGCGAUCCCACUCCCUACAUAUUGUGCAGUUGUUUAUAGCACUCCAAGUGUCGACCCCUGUGACAACUACACCAGUCUGAAUCAGUCCUGGAGAUCCACUGAUUAUUCUUACUAUAACUAUUACAACUACAACUAUGACACGUGUGAUUAUAAUGUCAAUUGGAACGGCUGGUACAGACUUUUCAUCAAUGGUCAGAGUACUCAGAUGCCAGAAUCAUGUGUCAGUAUAGGGAUGUGUGGCACUUAUUACCCAAUGUUCCUCAAAGAUCCUCAUCCACAGCUGGGAGAUGGAGUGGUCAGACGACAUGUUUGUGUGUCCUCAUGGGACGGCUGCUGUCAUACUGAAUCUCAUGCCAUACAAGUCAAAGCCUGUCCAGGAAAUUAUUAUGUUUAUGAAUUUGUCAGACCAAUGGUCUGUGCUGCUUACUGUGCAGUUAUUUAUCUAUUACUCUUCAAAAUUAUUUCAGGCCCAAUCCCAUUUUAUCCAUUUGGAGCUGGAGACAUAGAGAAUGGACGCAUUGAUGAUGGAAGUUCUGCAGUCAUCUACCUCCUGCAACCAUUUAUAUUUUUUGGACACACAUACAGCCAAAUUUAUGUCAACAACAAUGGACACUUGACCUUUGAUGGACCAUGGUACAGCUGGUCUCCAUACAGCUUCCCAGGUCAUGGUGGCAAAGACAUCAUCGCUCCAUUCUGGACUGAUCUUGAUAAUGGUUUGAACGGUGUGAUCUCAUAUCAGCAGUACACCUCUGGUGAUGCCCUGACACAAGCUACACAAGACAUAAACCAAUACUUCCCUGAUCUGAGCUUUUCUGCUUCAUGGGUCUUUGUUGCAACUUGGGACAGAGUGGCAUAUUUUUCAUAUUCAGGAACUGAAACAUCAUUCCAAGUGGUUUUGAUUUCAAAUGGCCAUCUCUCAUUUGUUUUAAUGAACUAUGGUAGAAUUGCUCCAUCACAGCGAUAUGUACAGGCCGGUUAUGACAACAUCGACUCUAGCUAUUAUUUCUCAAUUACUGGAUCACUCCAGACUGACUUCACAGGCUUAACAUACAGCAGCAAUGUCAAUGUUACAGGCAGAUGGGCCUUCAGAACAGAUUAUGGACCACAGGGUUGUCAGUUCAAUGGUUUAUCAGUGCAAUUGGGAGAUUCUUUCUGGAGUGAUGCCACCUGUCAGGAGAGAUGCACCUGUACCAGCAGUGGCCUCCAGUGCAGCCUGGAACCCUGCACUUAUUCCCAAGCAUGUCGUGCAGCAGCUUUCCAAUACUCUUGUCAGUACAUUCCAAGACAAACCUGCACCAUCGCAGGAGAUCCUCACUACUACACCUUUGACAAUCAGAUUUUUCACUUUCAAGGAACUUGCACUUAUGUUCUCUCUGAGGCUUGUGGAAGUGGUUUGCCAUACUAUCACAUUGAGGGCAAAAAUGAUCAUCGAGGUAGUACACAUGUGUCAUGGACUCGAAUGGUCAGAGUGUUUGUGUAUGACCAAGAAAUUGAACUGAUUAAAGAUCACUAUUAUGAGGCAAAGGUUAAUGGAACCUUUAGAGCAACACCAUUCACACUGAACAAUGGAUCCAUCCAGGUCUAUCAGUCAGGUUUCACCUUGGUCAUCAGCACAGACUUUGGUUUGGUUGUUACAUAUGAUGCAUACAGCUGGGUCACCAUCUCUGUACCUUAUGAAUACCAGAAUGCCACAUGUGGUCUUUGUGGAAACUUUAACCUGCAUCCUGAAGAUGAUUUCCGUUCUCCUUCUGGAGAGAUACUGAGCUCAGAUGUGGACUUUGCAAACUCUUGGCAAGUAGAGAGAGACACAGACCCUGAAUGUCAUAAUGUCAGGUGCACUGGUCUGGCUUGUCUUGAUUGUAGCGCCAAUGAUAUGAGUGUUUACAGUGAUACAAACCACUGUGGCCUCUUAGGAGAUGUUUUUGGUCCUUUUGCUGCCUGCCACUCUGUGCUUGCACCACAGACCUACGUAGAGAACUGUGUCUACGAUCUUUGCCUAGGAGGAGGAUACCAACCAAUUCUGUGUCAGGCUCUCAAUGUGUAUGCUGCUCAAUGCCAACAACAGGGGGUACAACUAGGCCAGUGGAGACGACAGGGAUUUUGUGAGAUUAAUUGCCCUAUUGAGCACAGCCAUUUUGAGGCCCAAGGAACAAGCUGUCCUGCCACCUGCAGUGAUCCCUCUGCUCCAAUGAACUGUCCCUUGCCGGGCCAAGAGAGCUGUAUCUGUGAUGAUGGGUACAUUCUCAGUGCAGGGACAUGUGUACCUGAAGCAGCCUGUGGAUGCACCUUUGAGGGAUUCUAUUAUGCUGAGGGGCAGUCAGUAGUGUUGGAUGAGGACUGUGGCAGGCAAUGUGUUUGCAGCAGCAUGACAAUGAUCUGCUCUCAGCAUCAGUGUGGUCCAGCAGAGGUGUGUGAAGUUCAUAACGGUGUAAGGGGCUGUAGACCCACCAGCUAUGCUACUUGUUCAGUUGAAGGCCUAGGUUCAUAUCACACCUUUGAUAGGCAAACAUUCAGAUAUCCUGGAGCUUGUGGACUGACCCUUGCAAGGGUGAUGGCACCAUCCCAACUGCCAUCCUUUGCUUUGACAGUGGAAAAAGUUCCUAGAGGCCUUCAAGGUUUUGCUAGGUUCCUGAAGUUUGAGACAGAAGGAACUCAGGUCCUCAUAGAAAUGGGAGAAGGUAGCAAUGUACAGGUGGAUGGACAGAUGGUUGGUUUGCCUAUCAGUGUUGGUUCCAGUCAGAUCCGCAUCUAUCACAGCAGUGUUAGGGGUUUUGUUCUGGAAACAAACUUUGGGGUGACCAUUAGAGCUGACUGGCCACACAUAGUCCGAAUCACAGCACCAAGCACUUACAGUGGUACACUCGGAGGUCUAUGUGGAAACUUCAACGGAAACAUUGAGGAUGAGUUUUACAGCCCAGAUGGUGUCCUACUGAACGACACCCAGACAUUUGCAGACAGUUGGCGUGAUGGGUCCCUAUCAGCCCACUGUGAGGACACAGCUGACCUUUGGGAACCAGGACAAUAUCAGAACAGCAGUCAGUUCAGUGAGCACUGCAGCAUCAUGACCAUACCUGAUGGACCAUUUGCUGAGUGCAGCAGAACAAUAGACCCUUCACAGCGCAUACAAGGUUGCAUUCAAAUGUUGGAGCAGACAAGAGGUGCCAGAGAGGCUCUAUGUGAGUCCCUGCGGGGAUACACACUGCUUUGCCAACAGAAUGGCAUCAUAGUUGGAGAGUGGAGGAGCAUUACCUACUGUGAUCCCAUCUGUCCACUAAAUACCCAUUACGAAUUGUGUGGCACAUCCUGUCCUGCAUCCUGCCCUAGUCUCUCAUUUCCUUUUCAGUACACAUUGCAGUGCCAGGAGGGAUGCCAGUGUAAUGAUGGACUUGUUCUGAAUGGAGAUCAGUGUGUGCCUCCAACAGGUUGUGGUUGCCACUAUGCUGGACGUUAUCGGCAGCCUGGAGAGCAGUUCUGGCAUGGUGAAGAGUGUCAGUCUCUGUGCAUUUGUAAUGGGAUUACUGGAAAUGUCCAAUGCACACCAUCAUCUUGCAGUGAACAAGAAGUCUGCCGUGUGGUCGAUAGAGAGUACGGCUGUCAUCCCAAUCCACAUGCUAGCUGUUCUGCCUCAGGAGACCCCCAUUAUAUAUCUUUUGACAGAACCUACUUUGAUUUUCAAGGCACAUGCAGAUAUGUGCUGGCCACAGUAUGUAAUGACACUCGUGGGCUUCCGGUCUUCCAGGUGGACGCACAGAAUGAGGCGUGGUGGGGAUCCUCAGUUUCAGUUACCGUUCAAGUUUUUGUCAAUGUUUCUGGGCAUCUUGUGCACAUGACACAGGAUAUGAAUGGUUAUUCUUCUGUUCAGGUUGAUGGAGAGAUCAGAAAUCUCCCAAUCCUGCUUGACUCUGGCAGGGUAUCUGUCUACUCCACUGGAUCACAAACAGUUGUUUCAACUGACUUUGGUUUCAGUGUGACUUAUGGCUUCUGGGCAGUAAACAUCAUUGUACCUGCAGACUACAGAGGAGUUACGUGUGGACUCUGUGGCAACUUUAAUGGUCAUACAGAAGAUGACUUCAUGACUCCUUCAGGUUCUUUGGCACCUUCAGCAAAUCAAUUUGGAGCAGAAUGGAAGGUUGAGGAUGAAGUGCAAUGCAGUGAUACACACAAUAGAAAUGAUGACCCAUGCCAAGAUCAGACCAUUGCUCAUAGUCUGUGUGAGAUCAUCAGGGACAAUCAGGGCCCAUUUAGCUUCUGCCAUGCUGUUGUAGAUCCACAAGCAUACUUUAAUGACUGUUCGUUUGAUGUGUGCCUCUCUGGAAACCGAAAUGAUGUCUUGUGUCACUCUUUGGAAUCUUAUAUGAGGGCUUGUCAAUCUGCCAAUGCUGUUGUCUUCCCCUGGAGAGAAAGUGCAUCCUGUGUCAUGCCGUGUCAGUUAGAGAACAGUCACUAUGAGUUGUGUGGCACAGACUGUGGUCAUACGUGUGCCAGCAGCGUUGAUGGUAGUUGUGAACACACAUGUUCAGAGGGUUGUUUCUGUAAUGAUGGAUUUGUGAGAAGCGCAGGACUCUGUGUACCUGUAGAGCAAUGCGGCUGCUUGUAUGACGGAUUCUACCAUGAUAUUGGUGAACAGUUCUGGAAUUCAGAAUGUUCUCAACGCUGUGAGUGUUUUGGCCCGAAUGAUCUGCGUUGUUCUGCAUCCUCUUGCCCAUUGACUAUGGAGUGUACAGUUAGAAAUGGACAUCGUGGCUGCUAUGGUGAAAUGUCUACGUGUACAGUAUGGGGUGACCCUCACUACAUCACCUUUGAUGGGGCUGUGGCCCACUUUCAGGGAACGUGUUCAUAUGAGAUCGCCCAAACCUGUGGUAAUGUUACUGAUGAAGAUCUGGAGUUCCGUGUGGUGGCCACCAACAGGCACCGUGGAAACAUGGCAGUCUCAUUUGUGUCUGUAGUGGAUGUUUGGCUGUCCCACCAUGGACAACAGGCGCAAAUCACUAUUGGACAGAACAGAAGACUAAAAGUUAAUGGGAACUCCACUGACUCAUCAACUUUUCAAAUCAGUGAUCUUGUGGAAGUAUAUGAGGAGCCGGGAUUUGUGGUUUUGAAUGCAUUCAAUGAAUUCACCGUCCAUUUUGAUGGUCAGAGCACCCUUCUAGUCAGACUGAGCCAAAGUUUCCAUGGAUCCGUAUGUGGAAUGUGUGGCAACUACAAUGGAGACCCAGCAGAUGAUAUCGCAUCACCCAACGGAGACCUUGCACCUAAUGAUAAUGACUUUGGCAACAGCUGGAUAUCAGACACCAGUACACCAGGAUGUGGUGUGAGCGAUCGGACCGCUAAUCCUGACAAGUGUCCUUUCAAACAAGAGUAUUCUGAUCUCUGUGGUAUUAUCACCAACACAAACGGACCUUUCCAGGAAUGCCAUCAUCAUGUUGACCCUGCACCGUACUAUUACUCCUGUGUGUAUGACCUGUGUCUCUACACAGCACAAAAUGGCAUGUUGUGUUCAGCUGUUCAGGCUUAUGAGGCGGCUUGUGUCGUAUUGGGCACACAGAUCCCAGAAUGGCGCUCCAGUCUGCAGUGCCCUGAAAGAGAUCCCUGUUCUGCACUCAACUGUACUGAAGAUGAAUGGUGUGGAGAGAUGAACGGUGUUUACGGCUGUUUAUGCAAUGAGAACCAACCCAGAUCUGAUCCUGACUCUUUUGAUUUCUUUGAAACCUGUGAAAGCAGUACAGGAUCUAUAUCUAUAUCUCGCUGUCAGCUCUUUGAAGCUGGUUUUUCAGCUGAUGGCCUGCACCUCAAUGAUCCCAGAUGCAGAGGAAUCAUCCAGAAUGGCCGAGUGGAGUUUAGUUUUGAUAACAAUGGACACACCUGUGGUACAAAUCUUAUGGCCAAUGGCACUCAUAUCAUCUAUGAGAACUUUAUUUUGGGAGCACCAGGAUUAUCUGAAGGUCUCAUCAGCAGAGAGAGAAUUCUGCAGAUAUCUUUCAGCUGUGUUUACCCCCAAACCCAAACACUUUCUAUGAUAGAAAUCAACCCACUGGAGAGUCGUGUGAACAAGAAUCUUGUUGGUCAAGGGAUGUAUCAGGUCCGAAUGAUCCCAUAUCAUGAUGUUGGGUUCUCUCAGCCCUUCAAUGGUAGUGUGGAUGCAGAACUCAACCAGGAGAUUUUUGUUGAGGUUCGUGUUGAUGGGGUUGACAGUCGACAGUUGGUGACAGUGAUUGACACAUGUUGGGCUACACCUGUGAAUGAUCCAGAUUACAGUCUGCGCUGGGAUCUCAUCACUGGAGAGUGUCCAAAUCCACAUGAUAACACCGUGAAGCUUCUUCAGAAUGGUGUCUCAACAUCCAGCCGUUUCUCCUUCAAGAUGUUCAUCUUCAACUCAAACUCCACUAAAGUUUACCUGCACUGUACUGUUCAUCUUUGUAUUCAGGCCAACAAUCACUGCUCAGCGCACUGUGUCUCUGGAUAUCACCAGAGGGCCGGCAGGUCUCUGGACUUCCGUGACAGUUCUUCUAUAUCCAUGGGUCCUUUUGUCUGGUCUGAUGGAAAUGCAGACACAUGGGCUCCAGAAUUAGUACGAGUGUCCGGAGCUCCAGGUCUGACUGGUUGUUUGAUGAUACUGCUGGUUUCACUCCUGAGUGCCUGCACCAUCUUCUAGGACAUCUCCACAAUGCACAAUUUUUAAUCUUAAAAGUUUCUAUUCUAUAGCUUAACAUUUACUAAAACACCAAUGAAGGAUUAGCACUGUACUUGUGUUGAUGAAUAUUUUGAGAUUAUUCUGUAUAAAAAUAAGAUUUAGUUUGAUUGUCAAUUUUCUUUUUAUAGUCUCUCCUUUAAAAUACUUUAUUGUGUUUAAAACAAAAAGCAUAUUGUAAAAAUAAAGUUCAA